AUGGGCAUGGCAUUCAUGGUGGCGCAUGGCAUUCAUGGUGGCGCAUGGCAUUCAUGGUGGCGCAUGGCAUUCAUGGUGGCGCAUGGCAUUCAUGGUGGCGCAUGGCAUUCAUGGUGGCGCAUGGCAUUCAUGGUGGCGCAUGGCAUGCAUGGUGGCGCAUGGCAUUCAUGGUGGCGCAUGGCAUUCAUGGUGGCGCAUGGCAUGCAUGGUGGCGCAUGGCAUUCAUGGUGGCGCAUGGCAUUCAUGGUGGUGCAUGGCAUUCAUGGUGGCGCAUUGCAUUCAUGGUGGUGCAUGGCAUGCAUGGUGGCGCAUGGCAUUCAUGGUGGCGCAUGGCAUUCAUGGUGGCGCAUGGCAUGCAUGGUGGCGCAUGGCAUUCAUGGUGGCGCAUGGCAUGCAUGGUGGCACAUGGCAUUCAUGGUGGCGCAUGGCAUUCAUGGUGGCGCAUGGCAUUCAUGGUGGCGCAUGGCAUUGAUGGUGGCGCAUGGCAUUCAUGGUGGCGCAUGGCAUUCAUGGUGGCGCAUGGCAUGCAUGGUGGUGCAUGGCAUUCAUGGUGGCGCAUGGCAUUCAUGGUGGCGCAUGGCAUUCAUGGUGGCGCAUGGCAUUCAUGGUGGCGCAUGGCAUUCAUGGUGGCGCCUGGCAUUCAUGGUGGCGCAUGGCAUGGUGGCGAUUGGCAUGGUGGCGCAUGGCAUGGUGGCGCUUGGCAUGGUGGCGCUUGGCAUGGUGGCGCUUGGCAUGGUGGCGCUUGGCAUGGUGGCGCAUGGCAUGGUGGCGCAUGGCAUGGUGGCGCAUGGAAUGGUGGCGCUUGGCAUGGUGGCGCUUGGCAUGGUGGCGCUUGGCAUGGUGGAGCAUGGCAUGGUGGCGCAUGGAAUGGUGGCGCUUGGCAUGGUGCCGCUUGGCAUGGUGGCGCUUGGCAUGGUGGCGCUUGGCAUGGUGGCACUUGGCAUGGUGGCGCUUGGCAUGGUGGCGCUUGGCAUGGUGGCGCUUGGCAUGGUGGCGCUUGGCAUGGUGGCGCUUGGCAUGGUGGCACUUGGCAUGGUGGCGCUUGGCAUGGUGGCGCUUGGCAUGGUGGCGCUUGGCAUGGUGGCGCUUGGCAUGGUGGCGCUUGGCAUGGUGGCGCUUGGCAUGGUGGCGCUUGGCAUGGUGGCGCUUGGCAUGGUGGCGCAUGGCAUGGUGGCGCAUGGCAUGGUGGCGCAUGGAAUGGUGGCGCUUGGCAUGGUGGCGCUUGGCAUGGUGGCGCUUGGCAUGGUGGAGCAUGGCAUGGUGGCGCAUGGAAUGGUGGCGCUUGGCAUGGUGCCGCUUGGCAUGUGUGGUGACAAGACUGUGCCCAAGAACAACCUUUUGCACCAUUCUCCGCUCUCAUGGAUGAUCACCCCUCCUUUCCUCUCAUGGAUGAUCACCCCUCCUUUCCUCUCAUGGAUGAUCACCCCUCCUUUCCUCUCAUGGAUGAUCACCCCUCCUUUCCUCUCAUGGAUGAUCACCCCUCCUUUCCUCUCAUGGAUGAUCACCCCUCCUUUCCUCUCAUGGAUGAUCACCCCUCCUUUCCUCUCAUGGAUGAUCACCCCUCCUUUCCUCUCAUGGAUGAUCACCCCUCCUUUCCUCUCAUGGAUGAUCACCCCUACUUUCCUCUCAUGGAUGAUCACCCCUCCUUUCCUCUCAUGGAUGAUCACCCCUCCUUUCCUCUCACGUACAGCAACAACCCGGUCUCACCUCACCUGCCGCGAGUAA